AAUAUGCAUUAAAUAGAUGAAAAAAUAUAACUAAAUAUUCCUGAUGAUCAAAUAACUUAAUUUUAAAAAUUUUUAUAAAACGCAGAUUUACCCCAAUAAGAUUACUAAAAACUUUAAAAUUCAAUAUAUUAUUUAACUUAUGAAAAACCAUAUUCUUCCCAUUAAAUAAAUAAUGUAGAAAUAACAGAGAAUUAAAUUCUUAAAAUACAAAAAGAAAUUUAAGAUGAAAAAAGAAUAUAAAAUUAAAAUUUUUAAAAUACUGACAUUUUUUAUAUUGGAAUUGUUGGAUUUCACCAUAAAUUAGGCUCUGUAAUAGAAUUCAUAUAUCCAAAUAAUUUAAAAGAAAACUCUAGCGAUGAAGAAUUUAAAAAAAUAUAAGAAUAACUCACCAUUUAUUGUAUGCCGGAUGCUGUACAUAAUUAAAAUGAGGAUUUUAUUUAUUUCAAUAUGGAAGCAAAUAUUAAGAAUACAUAAAUGAUACUUUUUGGAGUUUCAUAUUUUAAGUAAGUAAAAAUUACAGAAAAAAUGAAGGCGAAAGAUCCUUAAUUAACUAGAAGUCAUAUGUAAAAAAGCCUUUUUGUACUAACAGGAGUGCCCUUAUAGGCCUAUAUUAUAAGUAGACUAUAGCCGACUAUGAAAGCUUAUUUUUAAUAAGAAGAAAUGGAUGACUUUGAAUUAUUAUAAUAGGCACAUGCUAAUAUUAGUUAGAAUUUAAAGAACUUUAAUAGUAUAGGAAAUAAUGAGAUUUAUUUGGGAAUAAAAUUAAAAGCUUUAGUAUAUUUUUUUUAAGAAAAAACUUUUUAACUAUUAAAAGCCUUAUUGUUGGAGAAAAAAAUUAUUGUUUAUUCUUAAAAUAGCUCAUCUUGUAGUAAUUUUAUUAAUACACUUAUUAGUUUAAUUCCUGGUUUGUCCUAUUUUUAGUUUUUUUCAGAUUGUUUAAAUAUUGAUAUUUAAGGUUUAAGGGAAUAUGGGUUGCCUUUGAGAAUUUUUAAUGAAAUCGAUAGACCUUUGGAACCUUAUUAUACGAUUUAAAAAUUAGAUUGUAUGGAUUAUUAUAAAAGUUAUUUAAUUGGAACUACUAGUUAACUGAUAAAAUAACAUAAAAUAACUAGGGCUGAUUUACUUGUCGAUUUAGAUAUGAAUUAAAUUGUAUUUCUUAAUAAUGAGAGUAAGAGUUAACUUUAAGUAAGUUUUGAAGAAAAGAAUUUAAUUGAUAAUAUUAUUAAAUAAGUUAAUUUACAUAUAGAUGACGAUAAUCAAAAAGAUUGGAAAAAUAUAGAAUUUACUAAUAGUAAUGAUACAUCUUUUUUAGGAAGUAAUGAUUGGAUUAGGUAGUAAUUUAAUAAAUAUAUUAUUGAUUUUUUAUGUGAAGUGGAACUUUUUAAAAUUAGAUAUGAUAAUGUUAAUAAAGAAAUAGAUAAAAUUUAUAAAAAUAAUUCUGUAUUUAUUUUUUAUCAUUUUUUAAUAGUAUUUUUAUUUAAAAAAAAAGCAUGUAAAAAUUGA